AUGUUCCCAAGUUCCAAGGCCAAAGAGCCAUUGCUCUAUGAUGUGCGAAUCAAAGGGACUGAUCAUGAUGUGAUACUGUUGAAAGGGACUAAUGCUGAGGCGCCUUCGGUGUUGUUGUCUGGUACUAUCGUGCUUUCGGUUCAGGAGCCCAUACAAAUCAAAAAUCUCUCUCUAAGGCUCUACGGAAGAAUACGUCUCAAUAUCUUGACACCAUACCAGUCUUCCAAAGGCCCAGCUCAGCGGUAUGUCAAGUAUGAGAAGAGGAUAUAUGAGCACACUUGGGAUAAUUUCGAUGUUGAUACUUAUUUCCAGAACCUUUACGAUAACUACGGAAAAGCAGCGAUAACAAGCAAGUCAUCAGUCAAUCUUUCGUCGCUACCAAAGAAGGCGAGGUCCUCCACUGCAUCUUUGAUGUCUCUUACCGGACAGUCAAGUUCCAAUUAUCAUACUUUGGUCAAGGGAAACUAUGAGUUCCCUUUUAGUGCGAUUUUGCCUGGUUCUUUAACAGAAAGUGUUGAAGGGUUGCCAAAUGCAUCAGUUGUCUAUAAAUUGGAGGCUACUAUUGAAAGAGUCAAAUUUUAUACUGAUUUGAUAUGCAGGAAACAUCUAAGAGUCGUCAGGACUUUAUCACCUGCUGCGUUAGAAUUGUCCGAAACGGUUGCCGUGGAUAACACCUGGCCUAAGAAAGUUGACUAUUCAAUAUCAGUACCUGCAAAGGCAAUUGCCAUUGGAUCUUCGACUCCCAUAAACAUUCUAGUAGUUCCUUUACUGAAAGGGCUAAAACUGGGCCCCGUCAAGAUAAGUUUGGUGGAGAGCUCGCAAUAUUGUGGAUCAUUUGGGUCUGUAUGCACUCAGGAGAGAACUGUUAGUAAAAUCAGACUAAAGGACCCACUGAGUCAUAUGUCCGGCUGUACUGAACCACUUUCAGUGACCGAGAACGAUGAUUCCGCUUAUCAGGAUAGAUGGGAAGUUCAUACUUUGUUACACAUCCCCCCCAGCUUAUCGAAAUGUACUCAAGAUUGCACUUUGCUUAAUAGCAUAAAAGUGAGGCACAAAAUCAAGUUUAUCAUUUCCUUGGUGAAUCCUGACGGUCAUGUAUCAGAGUUGCGUGCCUCGCUUCCCGUCCAGUUAUUCAUUUCGCCGUUUGUCCCAUUAGGAGUUAAAACUGUUGAUGGAUUAUACGGUAGUGCAAAUAACUCUUCUACAGAUUUUAAUGAUGUUAGGUCCUGUACAAAAGAUCCUGAAUCAGAUGAUGAGAUGAUUUUUGCUAGAAGCGCUUCUGAGAUCGAACUUUCUAAUAACAAUCAAAACAAUGUAUCAGUUGCUGCAUCUCUGUCGGAGAUGAUGUCUCCACCAAAUUAUGGCAAACACAUAUAUGAUCGUUUAUGGAGUGAUCUCUCUAAUGCUAAUACCCCUCCUCUUUCCGGUGCUCAUACUCCAAUAGAAGAGCUACAGGGUGAUGGCAACAACAGCACUGGAAGUGUUUUAGACACUCAGGAAAAUGUUAAUGAGCUGCAAAUGAACUUACAAAGACUUCGUUUAGAGAGGGAGAACGAUGUACCAGGUUUAGGUCUACCAUCAACUCCUUCUGAGCAGGAACAGAGCAAUGGUAACACGGCAUUGCUGCAACCACCGCGACCGGGGUUGAGAAAUAUACAGAGUCCUUCUAUGACACCAGGGUUCUCCCAUAUUUCAAGACAAAAUUCAUUUACCCUUCCACCUGGAUCUUCACCGGCAAAGAAGGAUUGGGAACUUGGAACGCUAAGUAGAGUUCCCUCGUAUGAUAAAGCUAUGAAGUCUGAUAUGAUCGGAGAUGAUUUACCACCAGUAUACCAUGUUUUAUCAAAAGAUAACAACAAAGGAGUCUUAGAAAGGCCACAGAUAGUUCACCACAAAUCAGCUUCAUCAGUGUUAGCAACCUCAAAUGGUACACAAAUGUCUCAAGCUGCUUUUACGAGAAGUAAUAACAGUUCUUCUACUUCAUUGUCGCAAAGUCAGACCAACGGAUCUAGCACCAACCUGGCAAAUAAUAUGCCAUCUUCAAAUAAAGGACAAACAGCAAGCAGAUAUUUUUCAUUUGGAAUGACUCCGGUAGAAAACAGCGAUUCAACAACUAGUCUACAUCUUCAAAGAAGCUCCUCAAAGGGCAAUUUGCAAAGAAGCACUGGCUCAUUGUCCAACUUGAUGGGGCUGCUUUCGAAAAAGGAGAAAAAAUAA